AUGGGUUUACACGAAGCAGAUGCUACUGUCGAACGCAACGGCGUCGAGAGAUAUGCUCCAACUCGUAUCAACGUUGUCAUCUGUGGUGCCGGUGUUGGCGGACUGCUCGCUGCACUCGAGUGCUACCGAAAAGGCCAUAGUGUGACGGUUCUCGAGCGAGAGCCGAAAAUUUCCACGACUGUCAUCUCAUACUACUCGUAUCACGGCGAGUUCAUCAACUCUGCCAUGCCUGAAUGGAGGGGUUCCGAUGUUGAGGCUAACAGUGGGCUCGGCACAGUCGGACAGAUCAUCACUCGACCAAACCAUGCCGAAGUGAUGCUCGCUCAAAUCAGGCAGCUGGGGAUUCCCAUCGUCUGGGGCAAGAAAGUUGUCAAGUAUGGCGAGGCUCUCAAGGACGGCCCAGCAUUCGCUGAGACGGAGGAUGGCGAACGCUUUGAGGCAGAUGUCAUUAUUGCUGCAGAUGGCGUUCACUCGGCUUCCAGGGAGAUUGUCAAAGGGAACGUUCCGCCAGUACAACGUACUGGAUACUAUGCUGCUCGCACCGGCUUUCCUCGAUCAGAUCUCCCUGAUUUAGGUCCCGAAUGCCAGCACCUGUUUCCUAGAGACGGUGAGGCAGGUAUCAACCGCGUCUAUAUCGGAAAAAGUUCACAUCAUGUUGUUUCUACUUCCAAAGACUAUGUUGCAUGGGUGAUUAACAGCAAGGCAAAAAAGGAUCACUCGGAGGGAACUUCAACUAAUCUGACGCCCGAGGAUGUUAUUGCAGUGAUGGGUGACGGCUGGGACCCGGCCGUCCUUAAACUCAUCAGACAUUCCCCUGCAUCGAUCGUCAACUGGAGCCUCAAUUUUCGCAACCCGCACCGUCAUUGGACAUCACCUGGCGGUCGCGUGGUCCAACUUGGCGACGCUGCUCAUACCUUCCUCCCUACCUCUGGGAACGGAGCCGUCCAGGCCAUGGAGGAUGCCAUCUCUAUUGCGGAAUGCCUUCAGCAAGGCGGCAAGGAGAAUGUUGGCUGGUCAACACGGGUGCACAAUGUGCUUAGGUAUCAACGUGUCACCACUAUUCAGAGAACUGCAUUUGUCAACCAGGACGAUCUAGAUGGCGUCGACGUCAAGGAAGCGCUCGGGCGUGGUCCCCACUUCAAGGUCCGCUGGGGCCGUUGGAUGUGGUCGCAUCUGCCGGAACAAUACGCGGCUGAUCACUACUGGGAUGCUCUGACGGCUAUCCAGACUGGGAAGACGUUUGAGAACACCAACUCACCUCCUGGUCAUGUGUUUGAGGACUUCACCAUGGAGCAGGAGUUGAAGCGCCAGAAACUCAAGGUUCCCUCUGGUCUGAAGAAAAAUGGUGACUGGACUAUUGAAUAA